AUGGCUGCCCUAGUAUUGCGUCAUGACGCUGCUAUCCAACAACCUCUCUUUCAGCGCGCUUUGAAGCAGUACAUUAACGGCCUUGACGAGAAGGCCAAAACCGAGGACUUCUUCGCUCAAUAUUUCAGCCAUCCCAAGGACAAGCCCCCAGACCCUGACGCUAUCAAUUGCGAUAUCCAGGAUAAGAUCGGCAAACACUGGUCCAAAUCAUCGACAAUUGGAUUGAUUUUGCAGACGUUGGCGAAUAUUCAGACUAAUUACGACGGAGUUGUCAACACACUGACGUCGCUUGAUCCGACAAAUAUAUCGGUCGCAGUAUGGGCUUGUGUGGGGGUUCUCGCAAAGGCUGUUGAUUGUUACUUCAAGAUCCCAGAGAAGAUAUCCAAGGCACUAGUUGCUCUAGGCGACGAUCUCACCAGAAUUUCGACUUACAACCGUCUCUUCGGGGACUCUGCUGCACUCGAGAACAUAUUAAUUCAAUCCUACGUCGACAUUCUGCGUUUUUGGAACAAAGUGUUCCGGGAACUUCGCCAUCAUAGAUUCACUAGGAUCAUGUCAGCCCUUGUUCUCCGUACCGACAAAUUUGACAACAUCAUCUCCACAAUGCGCACGAACACGGAGAGAGUAGAGAGACAGAUAGGGCUUGUCCAGCAAGAACGCGCUCAUCUGGAGAAACUCAAACAGACAGUGCGGAGCUUCCUUGGACGACCUAUUCCUGCCGGAGCCGGGGCUAUCCGUGACAGUUGUCAAAACUCGACAAUCAGGGAUCAAUGCUGUGACUGGAUCUUCGAAAAUCCUACUUAUCAGACGUGGAGGACGGGUGAUGCCCGAUCCCCGGCGUUGUGGGUCUAUGCUCCACCUGGAUCCGGGAAAUCUACUCUCUGCCGCAGAGUGGUACAGGCAGUGCAGAGGGAGUCUCCCUCUGUCGCCGUGGCGUCGCAUUUUUUUCAGUUCGAUCAAGAGUUCACAACCCUCGAUGUCCUGAAAUCCCUUGCCGCCCAGUUGUGGGAAUCCUCAUCGUUACAACACUCUUCAUAUUCCCUCCUUCAUGCGCUGGCUCGUCUUGCAGACGACAAAACCAAAGAUACUACAACACAGGUCCGGUCGAUAUUGGAUACGCUCAUCCAGACACUGCCUACGGUGUAUAUCUUCAUCGAUGGAGUGGACGAAGAGGUGGCGAAGGGAACUGCUGGGAAUGCCUGCCGGGACAAUGAGGCUUCGUUCAACACGCUCCCGGUCCUGGAUGUGAUCAACAGCUUCGUCACAUCUGAUGCGAGAACGCACCGAGGCAUACGUCUCUGGAUAAGCUCUCAGGACAUCCCCUACACUAGGAGAAAAUUUGAAGCGUACACCCUGUUUAACAUCAAAGAUGCGGUCAAGUCGGGCAUCUGGUGUUAUCUUUCGAGUGCCAUCCAUGACUUGACCUUCGUGCCUCCAGAACAACGAGAUUCUAUCUUGCAACAACUCAUGGGGCGCGUCGAAAGCAAUUUCUUGUGGGCGCAUCUCAUGGUUGUCGAGCUCACGAAGGCUACCACCCUGGCAGAAAUGGACCGAAUAUUGGGGGAAGGGAGGGUCGGUGACCUGGACGCGUACUAUGCAAGGUUCCUCGAUAAUCUCAAGCAAUCAACACCCCAGAAGGUAGCCAUAUCCCGUGAUGUGUUUUCCCUCGUGACAUUCGCGAGGCGACCGCUGAAGAUCGGGGAGAUACAAGAGGCCAUUGCAGUUUUGAAUAGUAGAGCCGGUCAUCUCGAUGACUCGCAUAAGCCCUUCCUCCCUACUCUCCUCGAACUCCUUUCCCCUCUCAUCGAAGUGCAGCCCGAACACACUGUCGAUAACCACGACAGCACCGAUUCGCUUACAAGCGAUCAAGGCAAUGAACUACAGAAAACAUGCCGACUCUUCCAUUCAACCCUGUUCGACUUCCUGAACAGACACGCGGAACUUCUUUGCGGCGACAUCGACUCGGAGGAGAGCCAGCACGGCCACACUGUGACAGGCUUCUGUGUUUGCCCGCUACGGAUCGCAGACGCCUGUCUCCUCUACCUUGCGCAGACCAGAUACUCGUGGUUGCUCAGGCGGCAGGACAACACAUGGGUUGAUGCAGAGAAUCAGCACGUCUCUGCGCAUCACUUCCUUACCUACAGUGCCAAGAACUGGGACAAACACCUUGAUCUGGUCAGUCCAAAUAGCAAUGAUUUCAACUUCCCUCCUGUCGGUGCAAUCACUGGUGCUGUUUCGCGGAUCACGGCACAAUUUCGCAUACAUGUGGAGAACUUCCUCAGCUCGUCGAACUUCCAGACCUGUAUACAGGUGCAAAGCCUUUGGAUUGAUGGCGCGUUCAGCCCAUAUGAAGUGUCUGGUGACGAAGACCACUUACUAUGGGUUCGACGUAGUCUUCCACACUGGAUCGGCGCAAUCUCUGGCAAGUACCGCGCGUACUACUAUCAUCGCUUCUGGUGGGACUGGUUUCCAUUCUUGUCGUGUGCAACCUGCGACAACCCAAGGUGCGAAGGUAAGGCGACAACGUACAGCGGCGCGAUCCUCGUCCAAAUCCGGCAACUUCACAACAUCUCCAGCGACAACAAUUCGAUCGGCGGUGUCCUCGACGGACAGUUCGGCGGUGCCCUCGGCGGGCGGUUCGGUCAUGCCCUCGGCGGGCGGUUCGGUCAUGCCCUCGGCGGGCGGGUCGACGGUGCGACAGCGGUGCCCUCGGCGGCGGGCGGUUCGAUGGUUCGGCGGUUCGACGAUGGUGCCCUCAGCGGUGGGCAAGACAACGGUUCGGCGAUGGACAGCUUCGGCCCUGUCCCGGGCGGUUCGGUUCGACAGGUCGAUCGUACGACGUGCGGCGGCGGUGGCGCGCGUGUGGCGUUCAACAGCGGGUAGACGGCUUCAGCCUCGUCUAGGCAGGUGGGUCGACGGCGACGGCGGGAGUCUGCGGCAUAGCGACGGCCAGCAGAGUAUCAGCGAGUGACAGCAUGCGCGCGAGGUACGGCAACGCAGCGAGUGGCGGGCUUUCAGCUGCCCCCAGAGCCUUCUGGUAGUAAACCCCCAGGUGGGCUG